AUGGAAAGAGAAAAUGUGAGUUUUCCCAAUGCUUUUGUCCUGCUGGGCUUCUCAGAGUUUCCCUGGCUGGAGAAGCCCCUCUUUGCAGUGGUCCUGAUCUGCUACCUCCUCACCCUGAUGGGGAACAGCUCCAUCAUCCUACUCUCCCUGGUGGACCCCAGACUCCAGACACCCAUGUACUUCUUCCUGGACAACCUCUCUCUGCUGGACCUCAGUCUCACAUGUAUCACUGUGCCCCAGCUUCUGGCCAACCUCUGCACACCAGAAAAGACCAUUUCUGCCUGGGGAUGCAUCACACAGGCCUACCUCUUUCACUGGACAGGAUGCACUGAAUGUGCCCUGCUGGCCAUGAUGGCCAUUGAUCGCUAUGUGGCCAUCUGCCGGCCCCUCCAGUACACUCUCAUCAUGCGUGCCUGGGUCUGUGUGCAGAUGGCAGCUGCAUCCUGGUCCAGUGGCCUGGCCAAUUCUCUGAUUCAAGCCACACUCACGCUCCAGCUCCCCCUCUGUGGGCACCACACCCUGGACCACUUCUUCUGUGAGGUCCCUUUGCUCAUCAAGCUGGCCUGUGGAGACACCACAGCUAAUGAGCUGACCCUGGCUAUAGGAGCCAUCAUUUUUGCACUGUUUGCUCCCCUGACAGUGCUCAUCUCCUACACAUUCAUUGCCAGGGCUGUACUGAAGUUACCAUCAGCUGAAGGCAGGCACAAGGCACUCAGCACUUGCAGUUCCCACUUGCUAGUGGUCACCAUGUACUUUGGUCCUGCCAUCUACAUGUACCUCCAGCCUCCAGCCAAUAACACUCAGGCCAAGUUCAUGUCCUUCUUCUACUGUGUGAUCACCCCAGUGCUCAACCCCCUUAUCUACACCCUGAGAAACAAGGACAUGAAGACCGCAUUGAAGAGAAUCCUGCAAUCCCAACAUGGAAUGUAG